UCACCACUGCUGCUUUAAUAGAGAGGAGCAGGAAGAGAUGGAUCACAAGUGAGCGGAGAGCUCGUCUCAACUGGUGGCAACCGGCGGACCGGCAGAAUCCUCCCUCCCCGCUUCUCUCUCUCUGGAUAAGGCGGCGUCAAUGAGCCAGGUACCCCUCCAAGUAACGCGUGUGCGGGGCGUGUGUCAUGUGUGAGCAGCCGCUGCCUUGUGUUGGUCAGUGAUUUGACAAUGUCUGAGGAAGACUGCCGCGUUUUGCGGAGUCGCCGCUUAGUCUCCAAGCCUCUAGUGACCACGGAAAGAGAUGAGGUUUUAAGAAGAUCAGACGGGGACAGGUCACUGAGAACCACGAGUAAUGGUUUUAUGGACUUGGAGCAUGUGAUCAACCGAAAAAUGGAAUUGAAGAGGAAAGCUGAGGUUUUGAAGAAUGAGCUGAUGAAGGAAGUAGACAUUCACUUUAAUGAGUUUGUGAACAACUUUAUAGAAGAAUCCACUGCUCUAGAAGCCUCUUCUGCUUCCAUCAACGGUUACCCUGGAAAUGGUGAAAAAGACGUCCACAAAGCGAGAACAUCAAAAGCAGCAACUCCUCAUGGGAAGAUUUUUGUAUCAAGACGUUCUUUACUAGAUGAACUCUUUGAAGUCAAUCACUUUCGCACCAUCUACCACAUGUUUAUUGCUCUCCUCAUCCUCUUCAUCCUUAGCACGGUAGUUGUGGAUUGCAUUGACCAGGGCAGGCUUGUUUUGGAGUUUGACCUUCUGUCCUAUGCCUUUGGCAAGUUCCACGUUGUGUUCUCCACCUGGAUUUGCAUGUUCCUGAGCACACUGAUCAUCCCCUAUGUCCUCUUCUCGAUGUGGGCCCAGGGAUACAAGACCUCCUCACACCGCACCAUACGAUCUGUCUUCUAUGGGUCACUUUACCUGACAUUUCAGAUGCUCGGCCUCGGUUUCUGCCCAGCAUACAUAGUGGUGCAACACAAUUUACCCCCUGCUUCCAGGUUCAUUGUCAUCCUAGAGCAGGUUCGCAUGAUCAUGAAGGUGCAUUCAUUCGUAAGAGAAAAUAUCCCUCGGGUUUUGUCUUUUGCUAAGGAAAAGUCAACAGUUGCUCCAGUGCCAACAGUUUCUCAAUACUUGUAUUUCCUGUUUGCCCCUACUCUGAUAUACCAAGACAACUAUCCAAGGAAUCCAUCCAUAAGGUGGGGAUAUGUUGCCACUAAAUUUGCUCAGGUACUUGGCUGCCUCUUCUAUGCCUACUAUGUCUUUGUCCGACUCUGCAUUCCACUUUUCCGCAACAUCAGCCAAGAACCAUUCAGCCUCCGAGUCCUGGUCCUGUGCAUCUUUAACUCCAUCCUUCCAGGUGUGCUGAUCCUCUUCCUGGCCUUCUUCGCCUUUCUGCAUUGCUGGCUCAAUGCCUUUGCCGAGAUGCUCCGUUUUGCUGACCGAAUGUUCUACCAGGAUUGGUGGAAUUCAACUUCAUUUGCAAACUAUUACCGUACCUGGAAUGUGGUUGUACAUGACUGGCUCUACUACUAUGCCUAUCGGGACUUCCUCUGGUUCUUUGGCAGGAGGUUUAAAGCGGCUGCCAUGUUGUCUGUCUUUAUGGUCUCUGCUGUGGUCCAUGAAUAUGCCCUGGGCAUCUGCUUUGGAUUCUUUUACCCAGUUAUGUUCAUUCUGUUUGCGGGCUUUGGCAUGAUCUUUAAUUUUAUUCUCCACGACCGUCGCAGAGGCCCCAUUUGGAAUGUGAUCAUGUGGACGUCUCUGUUUUUGGGUCAGGGUGUUUUGCUGUGCCUUUACUCUCAGGAGUGGUACGCCCAUCGUUACUGUUCACUCAGCAAUCCCACGUUUCUGGACUACUUGAAGCCACGCUCUUGGACCUGUCAUGUUGAGGAGUUGAAACCAUGAACUCGCAAUCCCUGCGGAGACCGCGUCCAGCCCUCCGGUGCUGAAUGAUCUGACUUUCUCACUUUGUUACUGAAUGUAUUUUCUUUGUACCAACGUGGAAAUAGUCUGCAGUCCGUGACUACAGAUUUUGGAAAAAGAAUCCUUCUUCUUUUUGUAUAGCCAGCCAACUCCUCCUAAACUCCGAUACCAGCGAUGGAUACACAUCCAGGACGAUUAUUUCUCUAUUGUGACUCUUUACUUAUGGAAUACGGUUUACAGUGGGUGUUCUCUACAUAAUCCGAUAUCUGGAACAUCCAUUACUUUGACCUUAAACCGUCCUUGACAAUAAUAGGCAAAACUUUGCGGACUGAUGUUCUAAUGCCUUUUGCACAAUGCAUUACUGAAUGUAUUCCCAUUUGAAGCCAGCGUGGCUUGGAUAGGACUGUGAGCGGUCCCUAAUGUACACCAUGCCACAUCGAAACAAAUGCUGCAUUACUAAGCAAUAAUGAGGUUUGCAACAUCCUUGCACCAAAGAUUUCCUGAUCUCUCUACCCUUCCUAGUCCUUUCCCUCCUCCGCAUGUUUCUGUUCAAGUUGGAGAGAAUCUUUUUUUUUUUUUGUCAAAUUUACGGUUUGUCGCUCUCUUUAGGGCUCCCAAAACUAGAUUAUGUUGUGGUCCGGAAACCUCUGAGGUGGAGUUAUCUAGGGUGCUUUUCACAGGUCGGGGCCUAGUUGGGUAAAAGCUGGUGGGGCUUAUGUGGCAGCAAACCAUUGUGCCUUGGCUGGGGUAUUAAGAUCCAGUGCUGGGGCAGCAAUCUGAAUACUUGGGGUAAGGCAAGAUUCAGUUCUGACAUAGGACUGCAGCAACGGGUUGGGGUGUGUAGGUUUAGAGCUGGGUGACGGCUUGUGAUGCUUGUGUCAUCCUGUAUGUUGAGUUCCUUGCGUCCACAAGUAGCAGUUGAUUGCAUGACUUGUGCAAAGUCAUUUCUACAUUUGCCGGCUUUCUCCAUUGACUUUUUUAUGUUGUGAAAAAGAAAGUUUGUUGGCUAAUCAGAAUCUGAUGGCUGUUUGACACAACACAAGUAGGUGUCUAGAUGUGGCCUGUAGGGGGUGCCAGAGAGAGGUCCAAUACCGUGCCAUCAUAACUGGUCUUCCGCCUAGAAGACGUGGGUUACACCGCUGCUGCUUUUUGUAGCACUCCGAAGAGGUAUGUAUUCCUUUCCGUUGCAGCUGGUAACAGCAAUCGGUAGAACUACAAAACGUUGCGGCAUAGUCCCAGCCUAAGGGUCUUCAAUAGGGGGAUAUUUUCACACCGCAAAUUUGUUGCAGAAAUUUCUGUGGCUGUUCCAUUGUUUCUGCAACCAGUUUGCCAUUAGUGAGUAUACCUUAAAGGGGUUAUCCUGUUUCAAAUGUUGAUAAACUGUCCUCAGGAUAGGCCGGGGUCUGAAUCGCGGCAUUGCUCGUAUGAACACGGCUUCUUGUAAUUACAUGUCCUCUGUCCCAUUCACAUCAAUGGGACGGAGUGUAACUACAGCGGCUCCUUGCCAUUCAAACAGCUGAUCGGUGGGGGUGCCACGGGAGUCAGACCCCUGCUGUUCUAAUAUUGAUGACCUAUCCUGAGGAAACAGGACAACCCCUUUAAGAGCCAGUAGUCCUGUUCAUCGUGCACUAUGGAGGUGUCACCCAAGGCACAAGUUGUAUGUC